CUGCUUUCUUCCUAACUCCUCUACCAGCACUCUCAGUCCUUCCAUUCCACUGUGGUUGAGACGCUCGUGUCAUGGUCAUAUUCGAUCCUUCAUAAGCCGACUAAGAUAUGGCAUUGUGCUGUAUUCCGUGACAUCCGACACAUUCGUCCGAUUCCCGCAUUUCGUUCUUUCCACAAUGCGCGGAGUCAGGGUCCUGGCCUCUUGGGCCCCUGGAGUCACUGCCAGACACAUUGCGAGCUCAAAUGGAAGCAUUUUAAACCACGUUCUCUCUCGGUCCCCUCACGCAUCGCCUUUUGCGCCCGGUCUUGGUGGUGACUUCGCCCGCCGCUUCUCGGGAGCCUCCGGCUCAGUUUCCCGCCAUCGCCUGUGUCAGCCGACUGGCCUUCAGUCCUUGCUUUCGGAUAGCCCCUUAAGAUCUGUGUUCCGGUCCCAAUGGUCCCUGAAUGCUCGCCACUUCACCUCGUCACGAUCAAAAUUACAAACAACCCCGGGUUCGCAGUCCACGAACGGUCAGAAUGGGAAGAACAAGUCUAGCCAGGAUAUUGACGAGGAGGAGGCCGACAAAGGGUUUGAACUAUCGGAAAAGGCAGCACAAGCGGCACAAGUGAAUAUGCAAGCAAAGCUCGCCAAAGACGGGGCCUCUGGGAAAAAAUCGGGCUUCAGAGAGAUAUGGCGGCUUUUGUCCAUUGCACGGCCCGAGUCAAAGAAGCUCGGUUUCGCGUUCUUGUUUCUGCUGGUCUCGUCAUCAAUCACAAUGUCGAUUCCGUUUUCUAUUGGAAGGAUCAUGGAUGCGGCUACCAAGUCCACCGAGAAUGUUGGGACCGAGGUUUUCGGUUUGAGCCUUCCUAUGUUCUACGGCGCUUUGGCGGGCAUUCUCGCAGUGGGCGCCGCCGCGAAUUACGGUCGAAUCAUCAUCCUUCGGAUUGUUGGCGAGCGCAUCGUCGCCCGCCUGCGCUCCAAACUCUUCCGUCAGACCUUUAUCCAGGAUGCGGAGUUCUUUGAUGCUAAUCGCGUGGGUGACCUGAUCUCUCGUCUGAGCUCCGACACGAUCAUCGUGGGCAAGAGCAUCACGCAAAAUCUUUCGGAUGGACUGCGCGCGGCGGUGAGCGGAGCAGCCGGGUUCGGCUUGAUGGCGUACGUUAGUCUCAAGCUGUCCAGCAUUCUGGCGUUGCUGCUUCCUCCGAUCGGUCUCGGAGCGUUCUUCUACGGAAGGGCGAUCCGAAACCUGAGUCGCAAGAUUCAACGGAACUUGGGGUCUUUGACCAAGAUCGCGGAGGAGCGAUUGGGCAAUGUGAAAACUAGCCAGUCUUUCGCUGGGGAAGUUUGCGAAGUCAAUCGGUACAACACCCAAGUCCGCAAGAUUUUUGAGCUCGGCAAGCAGGAAUCCCUUAUCAGUGCCACCUUCUUUAGCUCGACCGGCUUAAUGGGAAAUAUGACGAUCUUAGCGCUCCUCUACGUCGGAGGUGGCAUGGUCCAGUCCGGUGCCAUCAGCAUCGGAGAGCUCACCUCUUUCCUUAUGUACACAGCUUAUGCUGGCUCCAGCAUGUUUGGCCUUUCCAGCUUCUACUCCGAGCUGAUGAAGGGCGUUGGUGCCGCCAGCCGGCUAUUUGAACUCCAGGAUCGCCAGCCGACCAUCUCCCCUACUAAGGGUGAAAAGGUUGUGUCUGCUCGUGGCCCCAUCCGCUUCGACAACGUGUCUUUCAGUUACCCGACGCGCCCCGCAGUUCCCAUCUUCAAGGAUUUGAAUUUCGAGAUCCCGCAAGGGACCAACGUUGCUAUUGUUGGGCCGUCCGGAGGCGGCAAAUCCACCAUCGCUUCUAUCCUACUCCGGUUUUACAACCCCACCGCCGGCAAGAUCCUUAUUGACGGCAGGGAUAUUGGUAAAAUGAAUGCCAAGUCGCUCCGGCGGAAGAUUGGUGUCGUCUCGCAGGAGCCUGUCCUCUUCUCUGGAUCCAUUGCCGAGAACAUUGCCUAUGGCAGCCCUCGCGCGACCCGUUCGGAAAUCGUCACUGCGGCCCGCAAGGCCAAUUGCCAGUUCAUCAGUGAUUUCCCAGACGGACUUGACACCCAAGUAGGCGCACGAGGCGCACAGCUAUCAGGCGGGCAGAAGCAACGCAUCGCUAUUGCCCGUGCCCUCAUUAAGGAACCUGACAUUCUCAUUUUGGACGAAGCGACGUCCGCUCUCGACGCGGAGUCGGAGACGCUGGUCAACAGCGCUCUCGCAGCCCUCCUCCGGGGUAACAACACGACGAUCAGCAUCGCCCAUCGCCUGUCGACGAUCAAACGAUCCGACACGAUUGUCGUCUUAGGUCCGGAUGGCAAGGUUGCUGAACAUGGAACUUACGAAGAACUGAGCGCCCAACCGGACGGCGCGUUCACGAAGUUGAUGGAAUGGCAAAUGAGCGGUGGAGAGGAUUCGCCCGCGCCGACUGCCACCAUCAGCCCGGCGACACAGGAGAAGCUGGAGGGACUGGCAGAGGAAGAAGUCGAGGAUGUGGAGGAGACCAGCAGGAAGACCACCGAAUGAGGAUGAAGCGUACAGGUUUGCACAUAUAGUCCCUCCUUGGGACUUACCUUCUUUGUUUUUUUUUCAUUGCUGUUAUACUAUUUUGGUGCUGUAGAGCAUUCCCCACUUUGCUUUGUUGAUCCCGAUGUUAUUUCAUAGACGGGCUGAUCGACACGAUGUCACAUGUAUCUAUACCUUCUGUUUUGUAUACCUCUUUAUCCUACAUAGUAUAUG